AUGGGAAUUGUUCGCCGUUGCGGCGCAGAUAUGCGCCCGUGUGUGAUUCGUCAAUCUUCAGCAUCGUCGCCACCAUCUCUGUGCACGCCUCCUCGAUCUGGAGAUGUUCACGGAUGCUUUUCCUUGCCGAACUUGACGCACCUGGGUGAUGACCAACGGGGCGACGGUGUUGAUGUCGAGAAUCUUGUGGAGACGCCCACGAUUCCGGAACAAACGUGCUUCCACUGCAGUGCGCCGACAACACAGGGCCCGCUCUACGGCGUCAUCCUUUGCCCUUCUUGCCAGAAGAAGGCGGGUCCGUGGGCUCGCUCGGCUAAACCGUGUUGCCAGCAAAUGAAGGGAUGUGCUGAUUUAGCCGUCUACGUUGACGACAUCGGUUUUGCCGAGGCCGAGUUGGAGGCGUACACGCGUAUUCUGGAAAUCCUGAGAGGCCGGUCUUGCUGGUACUGUCAGAUCGUCGCCACGCCGCUCGCCCGUGCAGUGACAGACUGGAAGGGCAAACAGGAACCUGGGAAAACCCGAGGCGCCCGAAAGGCAGCUGCUCCCGCCGCGACCACGAUCAUCGGAAUGCUCCUCGUCUUCAUGCUGCUCGGAAUUUCUACUGCAACCUCCAGUACCACGACCUACGACGAGCUCGAGCGAGGCGACCUCUACGGCUUCAACCAAUACAAGAGCCAACUAUUCGCCAAUCAAUUCGAGUACGAUGCCGUUCACCUGCUCGGCGUCGUCGAGCGGUAUCAACAAAAGUGGAAGCACGCCGACCAGCUCGCCAACGACUUGGACGACAAAUGUCAACAGCACCAGGAUGCCGCCUUCGCCAAGGACGAGAGGAUUCGGAAACUGGAAGCGGAAUUGAAGGAUGCGCGGGCUCAACUCGCUGCUCAGCUUUCGGAGAGCAACGCGCUCAAGUUGGACUUGAAGAACCUGGAGGCGAAGUUCAAGCUCGUCCAGAAAAGCCGACCCAGAAGA